GAUAACGAAGGUGCUGUAAAUGAGUUUCUCCGAGCAAACUGUUAUAUAUCACAGACACAUGGUUUAAUAAGAAGAUUUGCGAUGGCAUUCAACAAAGAUGGCUACGUGAAGAAUGCCAGUGCCACAGAGCGGCGUUGGUUUUUACUCGCUGUUGGUCUCUUUACUGUAUUGUGCAACGUUAGCCAAGCAAAGAGAACGGUGUGUGUACCACAGCCAAUAAGACACGAUGUCACAAUUCUUGGCGAGUUAGAAGCGGGGAAUUUCAAAAAAUUGAGCAAAAAAGCAAAGGAUAUGAGUGAUUGUCUUCGCAAAGCCUGCAACACUCAGCAAGGGAAUAUUGCUUAUCUUUCUGGACAAUUAUGUUUCUCUGUUGCAUGUUUCAAACUGGACUCAUGCGAACUUCAACCAAUUCAAAACUCUGGUACCAAAACUGCCGGGGCCCUUUAUCGUAUUAUAGAUGCCUAUCCAGAAUUCAAUAGCCCUCGAACUGUGAACGUGCUUGAAAAUGCCCCACUUUUACAUCAAGUACUUCGCUUUGAAGUAACAGCGGAAAGCAGAACGGAAAGAGAAGAGAUGAUGAGCUAUGAAAUAGUUAGAGGCAAUCUCGCUGGAACUUUCCUUGUCUAUCCAAAAACUUCAAACUGGGGUUCCUUUAUUCGUUUACACAAGAAACUUGAUCGAGAGAACAUAACUUCAUAUGGAGUGCAGAUAAGAGCCACAAACUUGAAAGAAAAUGUCAGCAGUUUGCUCAACGUAACCAUUAAUGUCCUGGAUGCAAAUGACAAUCCUCCACAGUUCCUAAGAUCCCUAUUUGUAUUUAGCGUAUUUAGUAAUAUGUCUGUGGGUUCUGUGAUUGGUCGUACGGUUGCUAAGGACAACGACACUGGUGCACAAACAAAACUGGAAUACGCAAUAAAGCAACCAUCUAAACUUAUUUCAUAUGACAAGAGAACCGGUGAAGUUAGACUCGAGGAAAAGCGAACUGUUGACACAGUUAACCAGUUCGAUUUCGACAUAACAGCUACAGAUGGCCUCUUCUCGACAAAAGGCAGAUUAAGAAUCGUACUUUAUCCAAAUAACAUCAAUCGGCCUGUCUUCGAGAAAACAUCGUACGAAGUUCGUCUUAACGGACAAGUAACGUUAGGGACGGAAGUUUUGCGAAUAGUAGCGACCGAUCCCGACUACGGAAAACUUGGUGAACUGACGUAUGUAAUUUUAAAAGGCGACGAGGAUGAUGUUUUCAGUAUAGGUAAAGAUGGUAUUAUCAGAACUACCUAUCAAAUUCCACUAGACAGGGAAAUUUAUAAUCUGACAAUUGGCGUACGUGACAACGGUUACCCAGAACUCUAUGCGAUUACGCCAGCCAAUGUUGUCGUUUUAUUGCAGUGGAUACGUUUUAAGCAGGAUAUUUCUGAAACAAAAAUUCCAGAGGAUUUUAAGCUCCUGAACACGGUGUUUACUGCAAGUGCUUCUCUUUGGGUUGGCGGUAUCCAAGUUAUGGCUGGUCAGAGACAGAGAGCUACGCAAGGAAUCAAUUAUUAUUUAGAUGGAGGAUUCCGAAGAUUUCAGAUGGAAGAGACGUCUGGAGUGAUUACAUUACAUGAAAAAUUAGAUUAUGAAACCAACAAAGAGUACACAUUAGUGCUCAAAGCUGAAUAUGAAAGUGCAGACUCAACAUCCAUUAAAACAGUCCUCUCAGCAAGAGCAAUUCUCGUUGUAAAAAUAAUCGACUUGAAUGAUAACGCCCCAAGAUUCUCGAAACAUUUAUACACUCAUGAUAUAUGGAAAUCAUCAAGUAUCAACUCUCCAAUCCUCAAAAUCAACGCUACUGACCUGGAUGAAGGUUUAAACGGUCUCAUUCACUUCGAAGUACUUUCUGGGAAUUUUAACGAGACUUUCUCGUUUGAACCAGAUGGUAUGGUGUUUCAGAAAAAGUCAUUGCUACAUAACGAGCAUUCGAUCUUUAAUAUGACCGUUGUUGCAUGGGAUAGCGGUGAAGAACCUCGGAGAUCACCCCGAAGUGCAUCAGUAAUCAUAAGUGUUAAAGGGCACCUGCCUAGAGCACCUGCAUUUGCCAGAGAUUCCUACAAUUUGCUGAUAUCAGAAAAUGUGAACAUUGGUAUUCCUAUUUAUCAAGUGAAUGCAAGCGUAGUAGACAAUCGAUGGAAGAUAACGUAUUGGUUUCGGAACUUGGACGUCAAGAUGCCGUUUCGUGUAGACCCUAAAACCGGGUGGAUAUACACGACAAAAAAACUGGACCGGGAAGAAAAACCUGUGUAUGACCUUACAUACAUGGCAAUUGCAGACUUAGAUGAUCAGUCAUCUCUGAUAACGAAGGUGAAUGUGACCAUCAGACUUGGAGAUGAAAACGACAAUAUACCGACAUUUCCUUGCUCUUACUACUCGACCGUGGUAACGUCACUAGGACUGGGAAUGAGCGUGAUGACUGUUCAGGCAAUAGACAACGAUCAAGGAGAGAAUGGCAGAAUUGAAUAUCUUAUAAUCAAAAUAUCUGAUCACCAAUACUUUUCUAUUGAUAGCAGGAGCGGUGAAAUUACAACAAUACGGCCCUUACCGACAACAUCCUUGCUCGCUCUGAAGAUUUUCGUUUCCGCUAAAGAUCAUGGAAAUCCGGAACGAAGAUCAUCCCUUAACCCCGUUCCAGUGUUUGUUAUUAUUGGUAGAGUAUUUGCAAUCCAGGUCGAGACGUUGAGACGAACUACGACAACAAUCACGCUGAGGUUCACCAUGCUUAAUGUUAGUUUGGCGGAUAUCAGUCAUAUUGGCGUGGUUGUUCAAGCAAUUGAGAGCAUUGCUGAUUAUGGCGAAGUGACGAAGCGCGAUAUAGUAUCAUGGCACUAUGUUCACACUGCACAAAACAACGCUGCUUACGCACAGCGGUAUCUAACAGGAAAUGUCACGUGCACAGAUGAAAUAAGAGACAAGAAAUCGUUUGAUUUCACGGUGGGCUCUGAUGGCGAUGCGUGUACUUCAAAUAAGGAGAAGUUUUGUAAUGGAAAACUAGAAUCAAAGAAGGCAUACAGAUUUCAACUGGUCGCAUAUUUCAACAAUGAAACAUCUCCUGAAAAUUUCACCAGUAUCGAAAGCAAUAUAACAUUGCAGCAUGAAACAGGCGCUAAAAAUGCAAGACAGACGGCAGGUUUUCGCAGUUGGCAUUAUGACAUCAUUGUUAUUGUGAUUGGUGUUUUUGUGGGUAUAAUUAUUCUGGCCACUAUUGCCAGAGCGAUCAUGCUCUAUCGUCGAGACCAGUUUAGGAUGAAAAGCGACGAAGCGAAAGGUGGUAUAUCAUAUCCACUGAGUAAUCCUCGUUACAGAAGAUCAGGCACACCACGAAGUUCAAGAUCAACCAUGGCUAUGUCAUUCACAGAGCUAAGUAAAUCCAGAAAACUCGAUAAAAAGAUGGAUAAAAUGAGCCCAUGUGAUACAGAACGGCUUCCCAUGACCGAAGGAGAGGGUAUAUCGCGUGAUUCUGGCUGUGGUGUGUCAGUCAAAUCGUCAAACUCUGAUAUACAUCACAGGGGAAGAACUGCUGUACGCAAGGCAUUUUUUUCAUUUGGAAAAAACAAAAAAGAUGAAGAACAACAAGAUGAGGUGGAAGAAGAUGGUUCCGAUAAAGAGAUGGAGACAGAAAUAAACACCUAACUACAGAGGAAGUAGCUAGUGUUGAUACGAGCGUGAUUGCAUCGUGAGGUACAUGCUGGAACUGUGAUUCUGAUCUUACGGUUGACGCCAGUGAAACUGAUCACCCCUUGGUUUAAAGAAUAGCAUAAUAGCCUAAACUACAUCGAUCAUCCAUGUUCAUGUACUGGGAAUAUUAGCUCUAAGCAAGUUGUUGAUAGCCAACACCAAAAAUUGAUAUAUGAUGUCUAGUCGGAAGUCGAGACACUAUAUUAACUUAUUGUAAAGAUACAUAGAGACAAGAUAUAUACACAAUAUAUAUAGUAUAGAUUAAUGUUUGUGAAUAUAAGGUAAAGUACAUACAACUUUAUCGCUCGUAAAGUGAUUGGUAUGCAAACCCAAUUGGUUUUAUAUGCAAACUGAAAUAUAUAUUUGGUAGAUAUUAUUGAGGUAAGACGUCAGCCAUGCUACACUAGACAAUAAAUAUGGGCUUGAAUAAAUAUGUAUUAUAUACGGCAAUAAUGAUCUCUGAAGGUUUAAAUCAAAUAAA